GCUGUCAGCUACGCAAUGCUGCUCCACCGGAGCAGCACAGAGCGGGAGGAUAUCAGGCCUCCUGAAACUCGGAGAAGUGGGGACACUACAGCUCUGCUCACUGAGGACUCCAUUUGAGUUCUGUUUGUCAUUCUGAGGCCUCUGCUUCUCCUGCAGCCCAGAGAUGGAUUCACUAAUUGGAGUAAAACUGGGCUGCCUGUUUGCCUUGCUCGCUCUCACCCUUGUCUGUGGCCUGAGUCCCAUCUGCUUCAAAUGGUUCAAGAUUGAUGCAGCUACAGGUCGCCACCGGAGAAUCCUCAGCCUUCUGGGCUGUACCUCUGCUGGUGUUUUCCUGGGAGCAGGUCUCAUGCAUAUGACUGCUGAAGCCCUGGAGGGAAUUGAGUCAGAGAUGGAGAAGUUCCUGGGACAGAACAGAACAGGAAGCAAGGGAAAUUCUAGUGACGCUGGAUCAGCUUUUGUGGAGUAUCCGUAUGGAGAACUCAUCAUCUCCCUGGGCUUUUUUCUUGUCUUCCUUUUGGAGUCUCUGGCCCUGCAGUGCUGUCCUGGGGCUGCUGGACAAGCAGCAGUGCAGGAGGAGUGGGGUGGGAAUCCUGUCUUUGAUUUCCACAGCCAUGAGUCACUGCGCUCGCCUAAGCAGAGUCCCUUUCGAGCCUUGGUGCUCUUGCUGUCACUCUCCUUUCAUUCAGUGUUUGAGGGGCUCGCUGUGGGGCUCCAGCCAACCAUAGCAGCUACCGUACAGCUCUGUCUUGCUGUCCUGGCUCAUAAGGGGCUCGUAGUGUUUGGUGUGGCACUGCGGCUGGUAAAGAUAGGCACUGGAUCUCGGUGGGCCAUAUCCUCAAUACUGUCAUUAGCUUUCAUGUCCCCCUUGGGCCUCGCCCUAGGGAUGACCAUAGCUGCCGGGGACUCUGAAGGUUGGAAAGGCGUGGCCCAGGCCAUCUUAGAGGGUCUUGCAGCUGGCACAUUCCUGUAUGUGACAUUUCUAGAAAUUCUGCCCCGUGAGCUAAGUAGCUGUGAAGCCCCGCUGGCUAAAUGGGGCUGUGUAGCUGCUGGCUUCACCUUCAUGGCCUUCAUCGCCUUGUGGGCCUAAGCGAGACGCCUGAUUUCUCAGCUGGAUCUAUCUGCUCAGGAGGAACGCUCCCUACCCACAAGGGACACCUGCCAAGUGGGUUUGGCCCUCAGACAUUUCUGCACUAGGACCA